AUGUCUUCACUAUCCAGCGAACACCAACAAAACAGACAAACCUAUAACAUGUUAAAAUCCGAAAUUCUGAAUAGUUUAAUCCUCUUGGCUCAGCAAUUUCAAUCCGAAAACUUAUCAAUCGAAGAAAUCAACAAUUCUGUGAACCAAUUCAUUCUCCUUGUUAACAAGACCAUUAUGACAACAGAAGAUAAACACGAACAGAACACUCUUUUGGAGUUAAAGCAGCAAGUUGAAAGUAAUUACGAAUAUCUUCUCGAAACAUAUGAGCAAGCUGUACAAGAUGAAUUAGAUGAUACACUCAUAUCAAAUGAGAUCCAAAAUGGCGUGGAUAACAAUUCUUUCGCGAACGUAAAAUCUGAUUUUGAAAGGCGAAUCCAGAAUUUAGCUGACCAAAUCAAUCAAGGCGCCCUCGUUCUUGAUGAUGUCAUCGAUCAAUCCGAAUUUAUGAACAAAUUGCUCGAUGAAGCGAUUCAACAAACAAAUGAUAAGGAAAUCCAAUUAGAAUUCAUUGUUAUGUUGGAGAAAUUGAACAGCAUUGUCGAUAAGUACCUUGAGAGCCACAAAAAGGUCGAAGAAGAAGAGCCAAUCAAAGUUCCAUCAGAAAAUGCAGGAAUUGACGAGCUCCAUCAAUCUACUAAUGCUGCAAUUAAGACACCUACUGAACAAUUAAUUGCAACAGACGACAAGAAUGAAAGAGAAGCCAUUGCCAAACAAAUCGACCAAAUUAACUCUUCAUUUAACAACUAUCUCUCAGUUGUUGACAAAGAUCUCGACUCUGUUACUAAAGAAGAAUCCAAGAACAGCACUGCAGCAGAAGAAACAGAACCAGUUUCAUCAGAAAUGGCUUCAAUUGUAUCAAGAGACAUUGAUUUGGGAGAAAACAUUGGAAAUGAAACUGAAGAAGAAGACGAAGAAAUCAAAGUCGUUGGCGUAUCUUCAAACAAGAAAGAAGAAACCAAACAAAUUGAAGAAAAGAGAAUUCAGGAGCAAAAGAUGGUCGAAGAAACAAGAAAAGCUGAAGAAAACAAGAAGAUUGAAGAAGAAAAGAGAGCUGCUGAAACAAAGAGAAUUGAGGAUCAGAAGAGAUUGGAUGAAGAAAAGAAGAUUCAAGAGCAAAAGAAGAAAUUAGAAGAGGCCAAAAGAAUUGAAGAACAAAAGAAGAUUGAAGAAGCAAAGAAGAAACUGGAAGAAAAGAAAGCUGCUGAAUUAAAGAAGGCAGAAGAACAAAAGAGAGCUGAAGAAGAAAAGAAGAAAUUGGAGGAAGAAAGAAAAGCUGAAGAAAAGAGAAAGAUCGAAGAGGCUAAAAGAAUAGAAGAACAAAAACAAAUCGAAGAAGCCAAGAAAGCAGAAGAACAAAAUAAAGUUGAAGAGAUUAAGAAAGAAGAACAAAAGAAAUCAAAGAAUGAAGCAGAAGUUGCAAAGAGUGAAAACAAGAUAACAAAAGAAGAAGAGAGUAAGAGCAGUAAUAUGGCAGCUUUAAUUGUUGCAGGAGUUGCUAUUGCUGGACUUGUUGCUGCAGGAAUUAUUAUCUAUCGUAAAAUGAAAUAA